GUAUUUGCAGCGUUUUCAGGCUUUUACUUUCAGUAUUUGCAGGCCUCAGCUCCAUGGAUCAGAAAGCUGUCUGAUAACAACCUAUAACCGUGUGUGUGUGUUUAUUACCCUACCUCAGUACCCCUACCCCUCUGCAGAAUAAACAGGUAGACAGUGAACGUGAAAGUCAGAAUCUUCAUUUAAUACACCAUUUCAGGAGUAAAAACACAGGUUUGAUUUAACACACCGAUGUUGGAGUGAAGUAAACGUGUGUCCUGCUGUAAUCUGGAGAAGGAGACAUGAACUCCAACAUGAGUGUGUCUGGAGAACAGGACUUAAAGAGAGACGAGAGAAUGAUGGAGGGAAAGAGAUCAGACUCACCAGAACCCAGCUGUGUGUCCAUGAAGAGUGACCGGUCAAUGGAUCAUCCAUUUGACUUCAGAGACAGAGCCAAUUCUCCUGAUGUGAGACCACAACAGAAGAAAUCAAACCUCAGCAGAAAUCAGUUGGACUCCAUAUUCAAGGAGCUGGAACACAAAGUCAUCACUCUGAUAAAGAAUGAGCUGAAGAGGUUUAGGAAGCUCCUGAGUCCAGAUUACCCAGCAUGCACUGAGAGGGAGGUGGAGGAUGAGAAGGAUCUGCACAGUGUCAGCCAGGGAGCGCUGAAGAUCACACUGCACGUCCUGAAGAACAUGAACCACACAGAUCUCGCUAACACACUGCACAACAAGUCUGUGGCCUCUGUGUAUCAGACAAGUGGGAGGAAAGAUUCUUCCUGUGCAAGGUGCUGCUCUCACUUCUUUCAGCAUAGCUCCUGGUCUCAGAACAGGUUUAGUUCAUCGUUGCUGGUGUUGUGUAGAGGAUGUUAUAUUGUGAAAGUCACAACUAUCCCCGCUCAAGGUCUUGUGAAAUAGUUGACCUUGUUUGUGACUAUAUUCACCGUGAUGCUUUCAGCAGUUACUACAUUAGUGUCCUUAAUUUUUUACUAUUUAAACAUUGUUUCAAAGUUUAUUACAGGCUCAAUGAAUGUUCUUCUCCUUCACUAGAAGAUAAAGGCCCGGUUUCACAGACAGGGUUUACAUUAAGCCAGGAUUAGGCCUUCGAUCAAUUAGGACAUUUCAGUAGCUUUUAUAAACGUGUCUUAGAAAAAUAUAUUUCUGGUGCACAUCCUGAGAUAAAACAAUGGCACUGACGUGUUUUAAGAUCCAUCCGUGCAAGUAGCUUUCAGUUAAAACAGCUCAGACAUACAUUUUAGUCUAGGACUAGGCUUAAGCCUUGUUUGUGAAACCAGGGGAAAAAGAAGAAGGGUGUGCUUUAUUAUGCUCUCUGCAGAAUAUGACAGAAGAAAUGUGACCCACACCUAUAGCUAUAAAAAGCAGGUAGAACUGCAGUUAGCCUCAAAUGUGUAGCUGGGCUGGAAAUUUAUUUUUGUAUGCAUGUAUAAUUUUUUUUAUAUUACAGAUGAACAAGCAAACAGAUUUAAAGGCUGUUGUGAAUGAUGGGUUACAGAAAUGUCUUCCUGUGUUUAUUAUUAUUUAAGUUAUAUAUUCUGAUUUGUAAGCAAGAUUAUGAAGUCUCCUUUUGCUAAUCAUUUUACAGCAUUAUUAAAAAGUCCAUGUACACAAUGUUUAUCCCGAGUGCCUUUUUGAUGUAUUUUAUUAUCCUGCACAAAGCAAAAACACAAUCUGAGUGUAGAUGCCCCUCGUAAAUAUUAAUAUAGUAAUAGUAAAUGGACAAGUGAAGGGGCAGCAAUUACCUUAGGCCCCGAGCUAGCAAGGGCCCCCAAAAUGCUGCAUAAACUUAUAGUUAAGAAAGUUUUAUUUUUACUUUUUGCUAAUUAAUUAUGUUUUUUCUAAAAAUGCCAUCAGAAUGCUUACUUCAUGAGUGGCGUAUUGGACUGGGUGUGGUGGUCCGCUCUGGGCCAGAAAGUCCAGAGCCACUUUUUGGCCCUGUACACGCCUGAUUAUUGCUGUUAAUGAUAAAUAACAUAAGCUGAAAUUUUAAAUAUUGAUGUUAAAACACUGAAAUGAGGGCCCCAUCCCUAUAUUUUGUCUAGGAUUCGACAAAUCACUAAAUCUGUCCUUGUGCUAGCCACUACACCACCACAUAGGACACAAGUUUUAUUUUAUACAUUUAAAAAAUAUAUCUUUUAUUUAAAAAAAAUUGUAUGAGUUGCAUUUUUAAGCUAUAAUAUUUGUGAUUUUAUGUGAAACUAUCAUAAACAGGUGUCACUCAAGUGAAUUAAAUGAUGUAGAUAAUGACUGAAUCCUACUAUAUGGACCUGUUACUGUUAGUCUCUGUAUAAGAGGAUUUCACUGGCGAUGAAGUAAUAGAUUUAAACUCUAUGUAGAGCGCUCUCUCGUGGCUCCACCCACCACGCACAUUCGAACCAAUCAUAUUAUCCUCCCUGGCAUCCGUGGGCGUGUCUAACCGCGUCGGUCUGUUAAAGGUAGCAGGUUGUACAUGGCGAGCGGUUUACUCACUGAGGGCUGGUGAUUGGUGUAAUGGAAGCCGUCUCUGAACCGCAUUUAAUGACGGAGAACUACAGAAGUGGAGAGAAAACGCAGCACUGAGCAACUUGUAGACUUCACACCCGACCGUAGUUGAACACACACCAAAUCAUAAUGACCAUCUCUGAUAUUGUGUGCACAAACUUCUGAGGAGGACUUGAAGGCAGCAAUAAAUGAUGUCACAUGAUUUAUUAACAACAAACAGAUAAAAACAAUAGUGUCCAUGUUCUCCUGGACUGUUGAAUAAGGUGAGUAAAUGAAUAAACCUUUGUAAUGAUUGCUCUGAUUUUUAAGAGACUUACUGUAUACUUAUAAUGUAAUGUACACAUCAUAUAAAUUAUCAGUUCAUUUGGAGAAGGAUAUAAGGAUAAUGAUUCUGAAAUAAUUACUUUUCUUCUCUUUUUCUAUUUCUAUGAAGCCCAAAUUAAAUCUCAUUAGAUUCAAGCAAGAAUCUGUUUCAUAAAGUCUUAUUGUUUUCUUAAAAACCUUAUUUUUUGGUUAAUGGUGAUGGACAGUGUGCACUGAUUCGGUUUCUAUUUUAUAGCCACUCUAGCGUUUUACUAACAGUGUGUCAUGGAACGACUGAAAGACAAUAUGCAUACCUCUAAAUUUUAAAUGUUUUAAACAAGAACAACCCAGCCCCACCUGCCCCCAUCAUCCUGUGUGACUCCCCAGUCGAUACUGUGCACUCCUUCCGCUUCCUGGGAACUAUCAUCACCCAGGACCUCAAGUGGGAGCUGAACAUCAGGUCUCUCAUUAAAAAAAAUCAGAGUGUACUUCUUGUGGCAACUGAAGAAGUUCAACCUACCAAAGACAUUAUGGUGCACUUCUACACCUCCAUCAUCAGUAUGGUGAGUCCAUACUCACCUCCUCCAUCACCAUCUAGUACACUGCUGCCACUGAAAAAGGACAAGGACAGACUGCAGCAUGUCAUUUGCUCUUCUGAGAAGGUCAUUGGCUGCAAUCUGCCACCCCUUCAUUAUCUGUGCACUUCCAGGACCCUGAAACGGGCAGUUACGAUUAUGGCUGACCCCUCUCACGCUGGACACAAACUUUUCCAGGCACUCCCCUCUGCAAUAGGCUGCAGUCCAUCAAGUCCAAAAACCUCACGCCACAAAAACAGUUUCUUCCCAUCGACAACUGGCCUCAUUAACAACACUGAGGUCUCUUAUCCGCCUCCAUGAACAUUUACACAUCACAUUAACGAACAACCCCACAUUGUUGUUUCAUAUGCAUUACAUUAACACACAACUCAGACUGCUGUGUUCAACACAUACUGUACUAAUGUACAGUUAAAGUUUUUAUUUUCCUAAACCUUCCAAAACAUAACUUCCUAACUCUCUCUUAUUAAUAUUAUAUUAUUUCUUGUAUGUACUGUUAUUGUUAAGCACCAGUACACCAAGACAAAUUCCUUGUACAUGUAAACUCACCGUACUUGACAAUAAAUCUGAUUCUGAUUCCCAACAAACAUCACUGCGAAAGACCGUGCAAAACUAUGUCAUGCACUUACAAAUUUCACCAAUUCAAGUAGGUUUCCACAAAAAAGUACAAUAAACUCCACAAGUUGCAUCGCACAUUUUGAGAUCACACAUUUAU